CUCCCGAGCCCGUGCGGAGCACAGGUUCAUCUUCCUACUUUCCCUCCCACUCCUUGCUCCAGGCCAGCACCUCCACUGCUUCCCUUGUGCCGUAGCAUCCACCCCAUCCCAAACCAGCCAUGUCUCGCCAGUCCACCGUCAGGAUCCAGAGGGGGAGAAGUGGCUUUAGCGCUGCGUCAGCCAUCGUGCCCGGCACGUGCCGCACCAGCUUCAGCUCACGCUCUGUCACCCAUGCUGGGGGCUGCAAUGCUGGUAGUGGCUUUGCAAGGGUUGGAGGUGGCUUUGGAAGCAGAAGCCUCUACAAUUUCGGUGGAUGCAAGAGGAUCUCUGCAGCUGGAAGGGGUGGGGGCUUCUACGGCGCCGCAGGGUUUGGUGGAGGUGCUGGGAGCAUGCUGGGCUACGGAUACGGGGCAUUUGGAGGCCCUGGGUUCCCUGCUGGUGGCAUCCAGGAGGUCUCCAUCAAUCAGAGCCUUCUGAAGCCCCUCAACCUGGAGAUUGACCCCAGCAUCCAGAGGAUCCGAAAGGAGGAGAAGGAGCAGAUCAAAACCCUCAACAACAAAUUUGCCUCCUUCAUUGAUAAGGUCCGAUUCCUCGAGCAACAAAACAAAGUGCUGGAAACCAAGUGGAGCCUGCUGCAGGAGCAGGGGAUGAAAACGGUCCGGAACAACCUGGAGCCACUUUUUGAGACAUACAUCAACAACCUGAGGAUGCAGCUGAACAGCCUGCUGAGCGACAAGGGGAGGCUGGAGGGAGAGCUCGUCAACACACAGUACCUGGUUGAGGACUUCAAGAAGAAGUACGAAGAUGAAAUCAACAGGCGCACCAUUGCAGAGAAUGAGUUUGUGACACUUAAGAAGGACGUGGAUGCUUCCUACAUGAACAAGGUUGAGCUACAAGCCAAGGCAGAUGCGUUGACCGAAGAAAUCAAUUUCCUGAGAGCCCUCUACGAAGCUGAGCUGUCCCAGAUGCAGACCCAGAUCUCCGACACCUCCGUGGUGCUGACCAUGGACAACAACCGCAACCUGGACCUGGACAGCAUUAUUGCAGAGGUGAAGGCGCAGUACGAGGACAUCGCCAACCGCAGCCGGGCUGAAGCUGAGUCCUGGUACCAAACCAAGUACGAAGAGCUGCAGGCUACCGCAGGAAGGCACGGUGAUGACCUCCGCAGCACCAAGCAGGAGAUCUCUGAGCUCAACCGCCACGUCCAGCGGCUGCGGGCUGAGAUUGACAGCGUGAAGAAACAGUGUGCAAAUCUGAAAGCAGCCAUUGCGGAUGCUGAGGAGCGCGGGGAGAUUGCCUUGAAGGAUGCCAAAGCAAAACUGGCCGAGCUGGAGGAUGCCCUGCAGCAGGCAAAGGCAGAUCUGGCCCGGCAGCUCCGCGAAUACCAGGAGCUGAUGAACGUCAAGCUGGCCCUGGACAUCGAGAUUGCAACCUACAGGAAGCUGCUGGAGGGCGAGGAGUGCAGGCUGGCUGGAGACGGUGUCCCAGUGAAUAUCUCCGUGACCAGAACCACUGUGGGAUCAGGAUAUGGAGGAGGAAGCAACCUCAGCAUGGGGGGUGGCAUGUGCAGCAUGGGGAACAACUACAGCUGCAGUGGGCCCGGAGGGAGCAGUGCCCUGGGUGGGGGCAGCAGCUCCAGCAUGAAGUUCUUCUCCUCCUCCUCCUCCCGGAGAAGUUACAGGAGCUAAAGCUCUCCCUCCCUAGCCAGAGAACACCACGACACGGGUCCUUCACCACAACAUAAUCAGGGGAAGCAGAACAGGAGCCACCUGAACCCGAUGUCCUGUGGCGCAGGAGCCUUAUUGGAAACCUCCUCUCUUGCACACAUGCAGGGCUCCGCCGUGGAACGGGAAUCCCUCUGUUUUAAAUCUGCAGCUCGCUUGUUACCGCUCAGCUUUCUGGUUUUUUGUUGUUUUGUUAUUUUUUUUCCAGCCAGAUUUUGUAUAUAAAAUGUGUCCCAUGACUUUCUCUCUUCACUUUCUGGUGUUUGUCUAAUAAAAAUGCAUAUGUAAUUUAUUCUAUUGCGUGGAGCUUUUAAUUAAAGGCAUGGAACAACAAAUGCAAAUGCGGAUAACGAGCACUUUUCAUGGGGCCCUGCCCAGUUCAAGGUGCAGUUUUUUGCUCCCUGUUCAUGUCUCCUGAAUCUCCCCAUGAGCAACCAAAUAAAGGCACGGUGCAGCAGCAAGGGGAGGGUGCCAUGGGUUGCAAUGCGUUGCUUCUCCUCACUGAGCAAGGAAAACCCCCGGAAGCAAAACGCAGGGCACGCCAAGGCAAGAGUAAGGCACAGGGGAAAAGGUCUGGGAUUCAUUUAGCGUGCAGCCUGCAGCCAGCACAACAGCUCCCAGGGGGCACAAAGGGCUGUGCCAGGCGUGUGAUGUACCUGCAUGAACUUAGAACAAUAGGGAACUAAUUAGCAGGGAGUCAGCACAACCACCCAACUUGUCCAAGGAUAUAAGCCCAUCUCGAAACUCUAUUUACUGUGAGCUGUCUCACCUCAGUUC